AUGUACUACUACAAGAGCGCCACUGAUACAGUUCCUAUGCUUCUAAUUCUACUCUUCAGCCUCACAGUUUUGCUGCAAUUUCAAGGCAAGGCGGUGGUGGCUUUGCCAGGCUCCAGCUGCCAGAGAUGGUGCGGCGAUGUUGAAAUUAUAUACCCAUUUGGGAUUGGUGCUGGCUGUGCAAUGAAAGGAUUUGAGCUCGAUUGCAACAAGACUUCUGCGGAGGCAGACACCAACGUGACCUUUUUGUUCAACAUGCCACUGCUGAAUAUAUCGCUGCUCCAAGGUGAGAUACGGGUGACGCACCGCAUCUCAUCCAUGUGCUACAACCAGUCGACAAGGAACAUCUCCUAUAACGAGGGGCUAAUGAACCUCAACGACUCACCAUUCACAUUCUCGGAGCAGCGCAACAAGUUCACAGUUAUCGGCUUCAACACAUUCGCAUACAUGAUCGGCACAACUAAUGUGCUUGGGUGUUUGGCGCAAUCCGGGACCUACAACAACCUCACGGCACAAGAUGGGUUUUGCGAUGGUGUUGGCUGCUGCCAGGUUGCGCUCACGGGCAACAUGUCUUACUAUUACGCAGAUUUCCUUCGUCAAUACAACACUACCAACAUGAGCACCACAGAUGGCGCAGAGUACUGUGGCUAUGCUGUGAUGAUGGAGGCUCGAGCAUUCCAUUUUCGCACAACAUACCUUAACACGACAGAGUUCUGGAAAGAAAACGAUGGCCGUGUCCCAGUGAUCUUGAACUGGGCAGUGGGCAACGAGACCUGUGAUAUUGCCAAGACAAAUGCAACUUCGUAUGCUUGUGUUAGCAAUAACAGCACAUGCAUUGAUUCAGUCAAUGGUCUAGGCUACCUCUGCAAUUGCACUGAAGGCUACACUGGCAAUCCUUACCUUCCUGAUGGAUGCCAAGAUAUUGAUGAGUGUGCUGUCAACGUUCCACCUCCAUGCCCGGGGCAUUGCAAGAACACAAACGGGAGCUUCAUUUGCCCAGAUCAAAAGCCUCCAAGUUCCUUACGCUAUGGCACUGUGGUCCUAAUUGUCGGUCCAAGCAUCGGGGUUGUAAUUGUGGUCAUAGCCAUCACCUGCACGUACCUGAUCCUUGAAAGGAAGAAGCUGUCCAACAUCAAGCAGAAGUAUUUCCAACAACAUGGUGGGAUGAUGUUGCUACAAGAGAUAAGCCUAAAGCAAGGAACUGGCUUCUCCAUCUUCACAGAAGCAGAGCUCAUUGAGGCGACCGACAAGUUUGAUGACAAGAACAUCCUCGGCCGUGGUGGCCAUGGCACCGUCUACAAGGGUUUGCUCAAGGAUGGUAGUCUCAUCGCAGUCAAACGGUGCGUAUCAAUGACCAGUGAGCAGCAGAAGAAGGAGUUCGGCAAAGAAAUGCUCAUCCUUUCCCAGAUCAACCACAAGAACAUUGUCAAGCUGCUGGGCUGCUGCCUUGAAGUAGAGGUUCCCAUGCUAGUUUACGAGUUUAUCCCCAAUGGCACACUGUUUCAGUUCAUCCAUGGUGACAAUGGCUCUCGCAACAUCCCCUUCUCAACUCGGAUACGCAUUGCCCUCGAGUCUGCCCUGGCCUUAUCCUACCUUCAUUCCUGGGCAUCGCCGCCAAUUCUGCACGGUGAUGUCAAAUCUUCCAACAUACUUCUGGACGAGAACUACGAGGCAAAGGUAUCAGACUUUGGGGCCUCGAUACUAGCACCAGCUGACAAGAGCCAGUUCAUGACUCUGGUGCAGGGGACCUGCGGGUACCUAGAUCCUGAGUACAUGCAGACCUGCCAGCUAACAGACAAGAGCGACGUGUACAGCUUCGGUGUUGUUCUUUUGGAGCUGCUCACUGGCAGCACGGCGUUCAAUCUGGAAGGUCCUGAGAAUGAGAGGAGUCUUUCGCUGCGCUUCUUGAACGCCAUGAAGGAAGACAGGCUCGUGGACAUCAUUGACAGCCGCAUCAAGGCUGAUGGUAGCGACAAUGGACUGCUCGAGGAGGUCGCGGAGCUUGCGAGGCAAUGCCUGGAUAUGAUCGGCGAGAGGCGGCCAGCAAUGAGAGAUGUCGCCGAGAAGCUGGAUCGGCUAGCCAAGGUCAUGCAGCACCCGUGGGUGCCAGCGCAGCAUAACCCGGAAGAGAUGGAGAGCCUGCUUGGGGAGUCGUCGGUGGCCAGCUUAGAGAUGAUCAGCACCGGAAAUUUCAGCAUGGAGAAGAGGAUUGUGCAAGGGUUGCUGGACUCUGGGCGUUAG